AUGUCUCGACGACAAUACGAUAUCACUAUCUUUGGUGCAACGGGAUUGACAGGUCGGCAUGUUGUUGAGCAAGUCUAUGAUCUGGGCACGACACAACCAUCGUUGCUACCAUCGGGUUUCCAAUGGGCUGUUGCCGGUCGAAAUGAGUCUGCCUUGGUGCAUGUUGUCGACCAUUGCAAGCAAAAGUAUCCAAGGUCAUCUGUUCCAGAGCCUGCUAUUAUCCUUGCCAAUGUAACGCGACGCGACACGAUGGAUGAUAUGGCCCAGCAAUCCAAGACGAUUAUCAAUGCAGUUGGUCCCUUUCGAUUUCUAGGCGAAUACGUGGUACGAUCAUGUGUUGAACAAGGUUGUGAUUAUGUGGAUGUCACUGGUGAACCUGAAUUUGUUGAACGUAUGCAAAGGACGUAUCAUGAUCAAGCCAAACGCAACAAGACCACUAUUGUACAUUGCUGUGGGUUUGAUAGCGUACCCUCGGAUAUGGGUGUGCUAUUUGUCAAGCAACUUUAUGCAGCACGUGGAUGGACCCCAGCCCAGGUUGAAAUGUUUUUGAGAAUCCAUUGUGGGACACAAGGUUUGCGUGGAGGCUAUGCCACUUAUGAAUCGGCAGUGCAUGGAUUUAGUGCGGUGCAUGUUUUACGUGAAAUUCGCAAGGUAUCUGGAUUGCCAUCUUUGCCACGCACAGGCCCUAGACUCAAAUUCCACAAAGGAGCCACCUAUGAUAAGGAACUUGGAAUGUACCAUGUCCCAUUUAUGUUUGCGGAUCCAUCCGUUGUACGUCUAUCACAACAAUUGUUCCUUGCUGGUGCAGGAGAGCCCCCAGAGAAGACUACCGAACCUAUGCCGCCCACCGUUCAGUUUGCAGGCUACUUGUUAUUACCAUCAUUGUGGAUCCUUAUCCUUUACCACAUCUAUGGAUUGAUCUUUUCAUUUUUGGCCGCAUCACCCUGGGGACGCAAUAUGCUGCUUAAUCAUCCCGAGGGAUUUACUCAUGGUGUGUUCUCAAAGACCGAUCCUACCGAGGAACAAUUGCGUCAAACUAGCUUUGAGAUGAUACUGCGUUCCAAAGGCUAUGAAUCAGCAGUGGUGCCUUCUGGUGAACAGCCACCUAAUACAUCUCUCAAGGUGGUGAUCCGUGGUCCUGAAAUGGGUUAUGUUGCUACACCUCGCAUUGUAUUGCAAAGCGCUUUGGCUCUACUCAAGGAAAAGUCUCAUGGCAAAGUACCUUUUGGUGUUAUGACUCCCAGUGUGGCAUUCUGGAAUACCGAUUUGCUGGAUCGUUUGCAAAGUGUAGGAAUUACCUUUGAGGAACAACAGCUGGUGCAAUGA